CACGACACGAUCUGACUUGAACUUUGCAAGAAUGCAAAACUGAGUGCAGGUCUUAAGGGAGCAGGAAACGACUCCCCACUCCUCCCCCUGCAAUUGUGCCCCUCCACAACCACCACCUCCUCCUCCACCAGCACUACCACUAACAUCCUUCCCUUCCUCCCACUCUCCUCCUCCUCCUCCUCCUCCCCUCGUUUCCUCCUCCUCCUCCUCUGGCUAUAGCCUGGAACUCGGCAGGCCAACUCACAGAGUGCAGCUCAGCCUCGGCAGCGGCCGCUUCCCACUCACUGGGGUCUUCAGUAGGAGCAUCGCACUCCCAUGUGCGCUGCCGCACUCGCCUCCGCUGGAUGUUGAGAUCGCGCCGUGCGCCUCACCAGGAAACACCAUGUCCAAUCCAACCCACGACCCCUUCUACUCGUCCCCGUUCGGACCCUUCUACCGGAGACACUCGCCCUACAUGGUCCAGCCCGAGUACCGGAUCUACGAGAUGAACAAGCGGCUGCAGGCGCGCACAGAGGAAAGUGACAGUUUGUGGUGGGACGCGUUCGCUACAGAGUUCUUCGAGGAGGACGCCACACUCACGCUAUCCUUCUGCCUUGAAGAUGGACCAAAGAGAUACACGAUCGGCCGGACGUUGAUCCCACGUUAUUUCAGCACGGUGUUCGAGGGCGGGGUCAGCGAGCUCCACUACAUCCUCAAACACUCCAAGGAAUCCUUCCACAAUUCCUGCAUCACCCUGGACUGUGAUCAGUGCACCAUGGUCACGCAGCACGGGAAGCCCAUGUUUACAAAGGUUUGUACAGAGGGUCGUUUAAUACUGGAGUUUGCCUUUGACGAUUUGAUGAGGAUCAAGACGUGGCACUUUACCAUCCGACAGUACAGAGAGCUCAUCCCUCGCAGCAUCCUGGCCAUGCACGCACAAGACCCUCAGGUGCUGGAACAACUGUCCAAAAACAUCACUCGCAUGGGUUUGACCAACUUCACCCUCAACUACCUCAGGUUGUGUGUCAUUCUGGAGCCGAUGCAGGAGCUCAUGUCCAGGCACAAGACCUACAACCUCAGCCCUCGGGACUGUCUGAAGACAUGCCUGUUCCAGAAGUGGCAGAGAAUGGUGGCUCCACCAGGUGAGGAGCAGGCACUACCUGCUGGACACCCACAGAACUUCAAAACGGAAAUAUUCCCCACAAAUCACAAAAAAGCUGAGCCUGCCCGACAGACAACCACGAAGAGGAGGAAACGGAAGAACUCAGCCAGCAGCGCCAACAGCAAUGUGGGCACCGCGGCCGGCAAGAAACGCAGCCCCGCCACCAACUUCAGCCUCUCCAGUCAGGUACCUGACGUGAUGGUGGUCGGUGAGCCGACCCUGAUGGGUGGCGAAUUUGGCGACGAGGAUGAGCGUCUGAUCACUCGCCUGGAGAACACACAGUAUGACGCCACCAAUGGUCUGGAUGACGAGGACGAUUUCAACAGCUCCCCAGCUCUGGGCAACAACGCCCCCUGGAGCACCAAACCCCCCACCACCCAGGACAGCAAGCCUGAGAGCACAGCGCCCCAACCCACUCAGUAAAACAGAAGAAUAACAGAGCAACAGAUGGAUUUUUUUUUCUACCAUCUCUCUCAUUUUGCCCUUGGGGCAGUUCCUCUACAUCUCAUAACAUUUUAGUGGAUCCAAAAUCCUUUUCUGAAUCCUGUCUGUCCUGGAUAUUUUCUUCUUCUCUAACAUCUUGUAGAACACAGAGGACUGGCAGAGUCGCACAGCAGUAUCCACGGACAUGAGCUGCAUACACAUUUUAUGCAACUGUAAUGUAAAAACAGGGAGACGUGGACUCCCCUCUUUUCCUUUUUUUUCUUAAGAAGAAUGCAGUGGAAAUUUCCAGAUCAAAUUCACCUCCUUGGACCCUCUCAUCUAGUGGAAUACCACAGCUGUGAUUGGUUGACCCCAAGGUCAACCAAGUCAUCAUGCUACCAAUAGACAGUGAAAGGGAAAGAAGACGAACAAAAACAACAAUCAGAUGUGUUACAAAAAAUUGUGAGCCAAAUGUGAAGAAGGUGAGGUGUUUGCAACAGUGUCAAACCAAAUUGGCAGCAAAAACAAAAUUCUGAAAAAGGUGAUACACAAUUGUAAUAAAACUAAAACAUGUGAUUUGGUAAAUUACAGGUUGACUUUAUUGACCAAUAUAAAAGAAAAACAAAAGUAGGAAUCCAGAAGUAAAAGUUAGCAGGUUCAUUGGUGACAGGUUUGGUAAUGCAGUGUACUCAACCUUUUGACUGAGAUUGUACUGCUAUUUAGAAACAGUAGUAGCUAACAGUAGUUAGCAAAAUAUUUAGGGCAGUCACCAUUAACAGUUGAAAUUAUAGUGAAAAUAAUCAAGGGGUCAAGAAAAAUCGUUAAAAUAUAACUAAAUGUGCAUGACCUUCAUCUUUCUGAUUGACCAGUCGACUGCAGUCCAUGUCUCGCUUUCAUUGACUUCUCAAGCCUAACACAAUUUGAGAACUAAACUCAAACACAAAUGACCACCAACCAUCUUUUUUUGGCAAAAACCCCAGUUAUUUUUUUUCUUCGAUAAACUGGCCUCUGUUACAAUUUUCUGUAUGCUGCAGGUUCAGGUUUCUAAUGGGGAAACACACAUUAUUGAAGGCAGAAACACACGAGUAUUUUCUUUAUCCUUAAAAUUUUAUUAAAACAAAAAAGUGUGGGAUGUACAACAUAAUUUGGAGGAAAUUGCAUAUAAAUUGGAAAUUAGACAAUAGGGGUCAACGACUAAUUUCAUGCAGACAUGUUUGUGUUCAUAGUCUUUUUGCUUUGAUAAGAAUCUAGUGCAAUCACAUUGCAAUUUUCAUUAAGUAUGUGAAUUUUGCCAACAGGAAUUGAUGCAUCAGACCCUUCCUUCUCUUCCCUUUUACAAUUGGUCUUCUUUCCCUUUAUCCACCUAUUCCCAAACAGACACUAGCGCCUUUUUCCUGCAUGAUUUUAUAGGAUUUUUAUUUUGGUAAAUAUUCAUGUACUUUUUAAAAAUGCAUCAGUCUGAUUUUGUCUUUUGGGGUUUAUCAGUUUAGGAACACUGUUACUGGAUUUGUAGCUCUGUAAAUAGAGGUGGAAUCUAUUUUGUUCACUGUAAAAUCAGCCACUGAAAGCAGUUUGGAUACGGCAGCUGUUUUUGUUUUUGUACAGGAAGGUCAGAUUUCUGUUGGGUGGUUUGGAUGGAUGCUGGUUCCCCGUCCUUUCAAGCCUAGCGCUGAACCAAAGCCAAAUUUUUAAUAAGGAACCACAGUCCUGCAUUCACAUUUCUUGUAUAUUCUGUGACAUAAAAAAAAAAUUACAUUAAAUAAAAACAACGCACAGAUAAAAUCCCAUCCACCCCACAGAAAUGUUUUGAGAUCCUUGUGUUUGUGUUCUCUAAUUGAAUUGAUCCUAUAUCCCUGAUCUCUUUUGUUGCAACUUUUGUUUUAAAAGUGGGCGUGGAGACGACAAUGAAUUGUCUUUAUACAAUUGGAUCUUCUGGGUAUUUAUUUGUGCAUUUGUAAGGAAGCUAACACAUUUCUAAAUAUGUUUGAGGCUAGUAUUAUUAGACACCCUUUGUACAUUAUAUAGCAGAGGUGUUCAGUGUCAUAUCUGAUGUCUGGUAUGUAUGCUUUACCAUUAUGUGUGCCAAUAAACCGUGCUUACAAAAGA